GGCUGGCGUGUUGCUGCCUGCUGCUGCUGCUGCGUGGGUCAUUGUGCCGGCCGGCGUGCAGCACACUGCAGCACAGCGGUGCAGUGCGUGUUGUGCGGAGCUGCAUCCUCCUCCAGCCGGUCCGCGCCGUGGCCGUGGUGGACAGCCGUCGUCGCGCACGGAGUACUCGGAGGACUCGGAGCGGUGUCAGUGUGUGCCUGGCGGGCCUGGCGGUGUCGGGGCCCAACAGCGUUUCGGUGGGCGGAUGCCUGGCAGUCUGUGUCUCGUCAAGCCCCGUGUCACGCGUGCCAGUGUGUGAGUGUGUGUUCGCGCGUGUGACAGUGUGCGUGUGAGUGAGUGUGUGUCACACCUGUGCCAAGGAGAGCGCUUCGCCACCAGGAUGGCAGGAUUUUCGUCGCCGCUCCUCGUCCUCGUGCUGGCGCUGGCCGCCGUGGGCGCCAUGCCGCUGGACACGCCCGAGGCGGACGUCGAGUCGCCGGACAUCUUGGUGCUGAUGCCGUCCUCGCAGACGGACGCCCCUGCGGCCGCCACCGCGCCCAGGAUGCAGGGGAACGACACCGAGGACGCCGCCAACCUGAUCCCCGGGGCCGGCGACAUCAAAGUGCUGCCGGCGCCGCCCAGCCAGACCGCCGACAAGGACAAGACCCCCGAGCGCGAGGACGCCCCAGUCACGCCCAUCCCGCCGGCGGCUGAGAACACAUCAGCCGAAGCCGUCAAUAAGCCCGAGCCCUCCAGCAGCAGCACCGAGGCCGCGCCAUCCGAGGCAGGCCCGCGGCCCACUCAGCGAGUGGAGGAGGCGCCUGUCACCAUCAUGCCGGCAGAGAGCGUAACUACAGAGUCCGUGGACGAGGUCGAGCCGGUCCCCGCCAGGCACACGCCGCGGGCGGAGGAUGUGUCAGCCGAUGGCGUCCAGCGGGCAGGCGCAGGGCACCCCGUCAGCAGCACCGCCCCGCAGCCAGCCAAGGAGGUUCCUUCGACCGCCGUCCCGAUGGCGGGGGAGGACACCUCGGCGUCUACCGUCGCACCAGAUGGAGAGGAAGCGACCACGGUGUUGCCGGCCGAAACGGAAGGCGCCGUGACCACACCGGAGGCAGGGCAGGACGUUGCUGCGACCGCCAACCCCGAGGACGUGGACCCGAGCGAAACGACCACACCGUCAGUCGAGGACGCCGUGCUCACGACCACCGCCCCAGCGGCAGAGGACGACACUGCAACCACCGUGGCCCCCGUCAAGGAGGACGUCGCGGAGGCUCACAGCGAAGUCGGCGACCCGGCGCCCGAGGCGGACAAGCAGUCCGCUGUGUUCUCCACGGAGCUGCCGGCGCAGACCACCGGCAUGGACGCCGUGGCGAACGUGGUCGUGGACACGGUGCCCAGCACGGCGGUGCCCGAAGUGUCUGAAGGCCUGGACGCCGUCGCCGUGACGGUCGUGGUGGAGAACACGGACGCCAUGGUCACGGAGGCAGCCACGACGGAGGAGACAGCGCCACACCGCGACGUGGGUGAGGGCCGCGGCCGCGCCUUCGACCACGUCCUCGUGGCCGGCGCGGACCCCAGCCAGGAUCCGGCCGCCCAGCUAGUGUCCACCAGUCAAGCACCACUUCCGGCCAGCGAGGCGGCAGUUCUGGCAAGCAGCGAAGCACCGUCCAGCGAAGUGCCUCCUCCGGCCAGCGAAGCACCUGUAUCUAUAAGCGAAGCUCCACUUCCGGCCAGCGAAGCACCUGUCUCUACUAGCGAAGCUCCUCUUCCGGCCAGCGAAGUCUCACUUCCGGCCAGCGAGGCGGUGGUUCCGGCAAGCAGCGAAGCAACGCUCCCGUUCAGCGAAAUGCCUCCCCCAGCCAGAGAAGCAGCUCCUCCAGUCAGCGAAGCACCUGCGUCUUUCAGUGAUGGGCCACUUCCGGUGAGCGAAGCUUCACUUCCGGCCAGCGAAGAAGCGGCUAUUCAUGUUAGCGAAGGUCCACUUUCAUCGAGCGAAGCGCCCAUUCCGCUGACCAACGUGCCGGACAUUUCGGCCACUAAACAAAUAUCCGAGGAUCUGACCACAAGCGCCGUCCAGAACUCCGACCACACGGACGCCGCGGCGCCGCCGGCCGCUUCCAGCGAGGCCACCCCUGUGGUUUACCAUCCCGAGGAAACCAAGCCGAUUGGAGCCCCUGCGCCCCAGGUCGAGACCGCAGAACCCACAGACAACGAGUUGCCGAGCACGCCGUCCACCGCCACCAGCGCGACCGGGGCCGCGAGGAGCGUGACCCGCGGCGGCACGGCCCGGCCCAUCAACGAGGGCACGGAGGAGGCCGCGACCAAGGCCGCCGACGUGGAGGCCAGCGCCGUCAUCGGCAAGCCCACCCCGGCCUCCACCGGCACUGCGCGCGACGUCCUCAUCGACAGCCCGGACUGCCCCAAGAUGGAGGCGGACGCGCGCUUCAUCGUCAUCCUGGUGCUGCUGGCCGCGCUCAGCGUCCUCGGCGUGUCCGUCGUCGUGCUCGUCAUGAAGUUCCGCGUCAAGCCCGCCGCCAGACGAACCAUCAGCAUGUCGAUGUGCUGGUGCCUGCGGUGGGGCCGCGCGCGCAGGGCCACCAUCACGCCGCCCUUCGCGCACAACCACCACCAGCGCACGGAGGCGCAGGUUGGGGGGACGAAGGCCAACCCGAGGACGGGGAAGGGGACGGAGGACUACAACCUGGCCUCGGACGAGGACUGCCGGCGCGGCGAGCUGGCCGAGACACACGCGCAGCACACGCAGCAGGACAUGCCCACCUGGACCUUCUACGAGAAGGGCGUCAGCGCGGCCGGCCGAGCGCCCGCCGCCGCCGGGCCGCAGAGUCCGUCCAGCCCGGCGGACCGCAAGCAGGACAAGCAGGAGGACGAGGUGCUCAGCUCCAAAAUGUAAAUGGGCACCGGGAGAGAAAGGUACCCUGCGGAAGGGGUCGGAACGCCGCUCUCUUUUUCGGUGACUGAGGUGCGUGCGUGUUCGGAAAACGGAGGAGGCAGUCGGUGCGCAGUCCGCGGUCUGGGGAGAGGAGCCCGGAGCGCCUUGUGAUCAAUUUGAGCUGUGAAAGUUUUAAGACUUAUCACUUAACAUGUAACUUAUAAAUACGAUAGACCGAGUUACUUAUGACUUUGUGUGUAAUUUAUAUUUCGAGCGACGCACGAUGUGCGCACUAUUGUACAUUGUGAGAUUGAGUUUGUAGAUAGGUACCAUAGAUUUUAGUAAUUUUAUUUUGAAGCUAGUUACUUAUUUUACAAGAGCGUAAUGUACACAUUUUGACAAGAAAGCAGAUUUCUAUUUUUUAGUUUUUUUCUUUUUUUUUUCCAAACUUUGUUUGCAAAGUCAGCAUGGAAGUUCUGGUUUCGUUUGUUUUUAUUUCCUGUACACUUUGUUUUGUCUAACUGUCUUAUAUUAAGACAAAAGCGAUUGAAAAUAAGCUAAAUUAAGGAAAAUUUUUUUGUUGUUUUUUUUUAACUGAAAGUUUGAUUACAAAACGCUUUUUGAGAAGAGUAUACGUACGUGGUGGAGAAAACUGUACUCAAGAGAACCUACACUGUGCCACCUAAGCAAAGAACAAUGAUCACAGCAGAAACACAUACCUGUAGUUACCCUGGACAAUCUAUUCUGGGGAUAAUUAAGAGAAAAGCUUUAUUUUGUUGUUUUAUUUUUGUUUGUAUUUUUUGUCGAUUAAAACCUAUUCUAGUGAUAA